GCUAUUAAUAAAAAAAAUUUGAAGGAGAUUCAUCCAUCCAGUAUCUGGUGAGAGCAUUUUCAAUGUAACGUGAAAAUGGUCGUCUGACCAACUUUGAAGUGCCAUAUCUCGGACAUGCUGUCGACUUGGGCAAAGUUUUAAGGACGUAAAUGUAGGGCAGAAUAAGAACUAUCAUAUAAGCUGUAGAAAUAAUUUUUGGAAAAAUUUUCCAUUUCUGGCCCAUAGUGUACUGUCGCAAGUCAGUUUUUGCCAAAAAAUUACGUUAUUCGGGAUGAUUCCUUUAAUUCGAGUGAUUAGACCAGUCAGGGCUUUAAUUGGAUGUAAUUAUACUACAUCUAGUGAUCAAUUGUCUAAAUUAGGACAUAAUGUUGAUCCUUCUGAACUUUUGAGUGACGAGGAAAUUGAAUUUGAGGUUGAAGAAGUGAGGAUAGCAGCACCUUAUGGUGGCCAUAUUGCUGGCAAAUGGUGGGGUGAUAAGUCACAAAAACCGUUUUUAAUGCUGCAUGGAUGGCAAGAUAAUGCAGGAACUUUUGAUCGAUUGAUUCCGUUACUGCCUAAGCAAUUCAGUUAUCUAGCUAUAGAUCUUCCUGGUCAUGGAUUAAGCAGUCAAAUUCCAAACGGCAUGCAAUAUCAUACAAUUGAUAAGCUUCAUACACUUAAUUAUGUUUUAAAAGAAUACAACUGGGACAGAAUAUCACUUAUUGGACAUAGCUUAGGAUCUGUUAUAAGCUUUAUGUUUACUUCUGUGUUUCCAUCUAAAGUUGACUUUAUAGUCGGUAUUGAUGCACUUAAACCAAUGGCUUUUGAUUCUAAUAAGGUUGCACACAUGUUUGAGGAGAAAAUUGAAGAUUUUAUGAUAGCUGACAUGAGGAAUCAAGAAAAAUCUGAGCCGCCAGCAUAUCCAAUUGAAGAAAUGGUUGAUAAGAUGGUUCAAGCAACCAGAGGAAGUGUAACUAAAGAAGCAGCACGAUUUUUACUUAAAAGGAACAUUAAGCAUUCCGUAAAACAUCCAGGAAAGUUUUAUUUCGCACGUGACAAUCGACUUAAACAUAAUUUUAGUCCAAGUUUCUCUCAAGAUUUGUCUAUUGAGUUAGCCAAGAGAAUCAACUGCCCAUAUAUGUUCAUUAAAGCCAAACACAGUCCUUACUAUGAAAAGAAGGAAUAUCACGAAGAAGUUAUUGAAGUUUUAAAGCACAACAAGAAUUUUGAGUAUCAUUUGGUUGACUCUACGCAUCACUUGCACUUAACUGAGCCUGAAAAAGUUGCUGGACUUAUUAGCAAGUUCAUCUGUAAGCAUAAAAAGUGCUCUAGUCCAGCUUGAUACUGGAACAUAUUUCCGUUACUUUUCAAAUAUUUUCGCUGGAAUUGAUCAAAAAUGCCAAUUAAAUAAAUUCCAUCUAUGACCACAAUACCUGAAAUUAAUCUAUAGAUUUUUAUAAAUAUUGUAAGAAGUUUUUGAAAUAAAAAUGAAAGCAUUGGUGAAAGGACCUAGACGGAUUUAUAAAUUCUUUUAUUCCAAUCCUAAUGCAAGGAAGCAACGACCGAAUCAGGAACCGGAACCUUACGAUCUCUUAAGUGACCAAGAAAUUGAGUGCGAGGUUGAGGAUGUUACAAUUCCACUGCCAUUUGGAGGUAAUCUCAGUGCAAAAUGGUGGGGUCCAAAGUCUAUUCGGUAAGUUACGACAAAAAUUAUGAAAUAAACUUUAUCGCACUGCCAACUUCAUUUUUCAAGGCCAAUCGUAUGUAUUCAUGGAUGGCAAGAUAAUGCUGGGACCUUUGAUCGUUUGAUUCCGUUAUUACCAAAAGAAUUUUCUUAUCUGGCUAUUGACCUUCCAGGUCAUGGAUUAAGUGAUUUUAUCGGGCCGGGCAUGCAGUAUCAUAAUAUUGUUGACAACUUGUAUGUUCUUAAUCAUCUAAUGAAAGAAUACAAUUGGGAUAAAAUCUCAUUGAUCGGCCAUAGUAUGGGAUCUGUAUUAAGCUUUACGUUCUCAUCAGUAUUUCCUCACAAAACUGACUUUGUUAUUGGAAUUGAUGCUUUAAAGCCAGCAGUUUAUAAUCCAGUAUUAGUAGCAAAGUUCCUAGGAGAUCGAGUUGAAAACUUUAUGAUUGCUGACAAACGGAAUCAAGAGAAAUCGGAACCUCCUGCAUAUACUUUAGAAGAAAUGGUCGAAAGAGUAGUUGAAGGAACUCAAGGAAGUGUUGACAAGAACUCAGCACCAUACUUACUUAAAAGGAAUAUAAUGGUUGUUAUAACAACUUUAACAUUACUAUUAAUGAAUUCGCCAAUUAAGUCUAAGUAACUUUUUUAGUGCUUGCUCAGCCUGUGUAACUUCUUUUUUUAAUGCAUUCCUUUCUUGCGUCUCAUACCGUUGUUGUAACAAGUCCUCAAGCUUAUUACUUGCUUUUACUACAUCCAUUUUUAAUUUCUCAUAGCAAUUUCGUGUUUCAAUAUUAAAAGAACCAGUCUCAAUAAGUGUUAAUAUUUUAGUUUCUAAGCAAUAAUCUGUGAAAGUUGUAAGAAGCUUGUGUCGUUGAGAGUUAUACCGCAUCACCUCAUACAUUCCAUCAAAGUAUCUUAAACAUCUGCUUAAUAAAUUGUCACAAGCGACAUUUUGAGUUGAAACAAUUAAUAUCUUGAAUUCUUUCAAGUCAGGAUAAAAGCUCUCAUGGCGUUUUGCUAUUUCGCAUGCUACUUGCGACUUUCCUGUGCCUGGUGCUCCUUGGAUUAUAGUGAAAUAAUUAUUCAGGGCGCUACAUAUCGCAUUUUCCUGUUCAUCACCAUCAAUCUUUUUAUAAAAUUUUUCGGACUUGUUCAGUUGCAUUUUUAAUGCAUUUCCAAUGUUGGAGGGGAAUCUAGGUGUUCCAUCUUUGAGUUUAUUCGUAAAAAAUUGUUUGAUGCCCAAUUCUCUUGAUUGGUAAGAUCCGGUUUCACAUUUAACACCAAAAUACUUGUAUCUAUCUGGAAUGUUGCGUUCAUUUGUGUUUGUAGUUAAGCUUGCUUUUAUUCUCAUCGUUUCACUCAAUCGUACUUCGUGUACCAGGAAGUGCAAAAAAUUUGUGUCGUUGUCGUAUUUUGUAGCAUAGACGGUACAGCCUUUUUGAAUGUUAAGGAAGCUCUGUGCAUUGAUUUCGAAAAUGUAGAAUUUUCCGUCAUGUAAAUCCACAAUUUUGAUAGAUGAAAUAGGUUCUCGUACAACUCUUGACAAUCUUUCACUUUCGUUUAUCUCAUUUUUAAUGAUGAAAAGAUUUUCGAAAUAUAACUUGUUGUCUAGAACACUUAAUUUGUUUGGAUCGAAAGCGUUGCCAUUCUUUGGCUGUUCCCGCACGUCUCUGUACCUAAUGUAACACAAUAAAAAAUUAAAUAGUAUAUUGUAAUAAACAAAAAAUUUUAAUAACACUUACAUAUUCAUGACGCUGAUCAACAAAUGUAAUAUCUCGAUUGACGCAGAAAUUACUAAUUAAUGAAUGAAUGAACCACCAAUGAGAUGUUUCCUUUGUUGUCCACUACUGAAAUUGAAGAGAAAAAUAUAUUAAUUAAUUAAUUAGCAAUUACUGUAAAUAAAUCUAUUAUAAAAAUACUUACAUUUAUCCUUUUUAUAAUUAUUUUAAUUAAUAUCUCGAGUUAUCGCACGCACGCGUUAUCAAGAAAGAAAUGGUCAAUUCCACGUAUAAGUGAAUGAAUCUGGAAAAUAAUUAAUUGAAGGUUAUUUAUGGGUUAUGUUUUUUUUUUUUAAUUUUUAAAUGUUUUCUUACGUUACUUGCUUGCCAAGGUGCAGAUUAAAUUACUAAUUGGAGAUGGAUCAACAAUUGUAAUAUCUCGACGGAAGCAGAAAUUUGCUAAAAUAUGAAUGAAUGAACCACCAAUGAGAUGUUUCCUUUGUUGGUUGUACACUACUGAAAUUGAAUAGAAAAAUAUAUUAAUUAAUUAGUUUAGUUUACUUACUAUAAAUCUGUUAUAAAAAUACUUACAUUUAUCCUUUUUAUAAUUAUUUUAAUUAAUAUCUCGAGUUAUCACACGCACGCGUUAUCAAGAAAGAAAUGGUCAAAAUAAUUCCACGCAUCGAGGGGUA